AUGGACGCCCCCAACCACCGCGACGAGCAGACCGGCGCCAUUGCCGAGGGCCGCCGUAUCUACCUUGGCAACCUUUUGUACGCCACCAAGCCCAACGAGAUCGAGCAGGCGCUUGAGGACCACGGCUUCGGCAACUUCGCCCAGAUUCACGUCUCCAUUGAUCCUGUCAGCGGCCGCAACCCGGGCUACUGCUUUGUGGACUUUAACGACCGCGAGACGGCCGAGACCGCGCUCAACUCGCUCGUGGCUACGGUGCGCGGCCGCCCGCUCAAGGUGGGCCCCUGCCAGCCCAAGCAGCAGGGCCAGCGCCGCGAUGCGCGCCCGGCGGACCGCUGGGGCUCAUCGCGCGACGCGAGCGCGAGCGCGAACACGAACGCCAACGGCAGCGGUGACGACCGCCGCUGGGGCGACUGGAAGAAGGGCGGCGAUCGGAACGGCGGCUACAACAACAGCAACAGUAGCAACAACUACAACAACAACAACCGCGACGCGCCCAACGGCAAGCGCCUGUACAUUGGCAACCUCGGCCCGAUGGUGGACCAGGAGCAGAACCAGCAGGAAAUCGGCGCGCUGCUGCAGGGCUUCGCGCCCACGGCCAUUGGCAAGCGCAUCACGGCGCGCGACCGCGAGUCGAACCAGACGUACCCGGGCCGCAACUACUGCUUCGUGGACUUUGAGACGGCCGAGGAGGCGAGCCAGGCCAUGGAGGCGCUCAACGGCACGCCGUACGGCGAGGAGGGCAACACGCUGCGGGUGUCGAUUGCGCGCGGUGCGCCCGAGAGCGGGCGGUUACGGCAUGAGUACCAGUCGCGGGGCGGCGGCGACCGGAACAACAACGGCGACCGGAACAACGGCGGCGACGGCUACCGCAAGCGGCAGGACGACGGCCCGCUGCGGUCGCUGGACUCGACCAACUGGCGCAGAAAGGAGUAG